GGUGAGUUCUUCUUCUUCCACUUCUACAGUCGAGUCGCAAAACCCUAAAUCUCCAUUUUCAGACGCAAAGCUUUGAAGAAAUCAGAAACGAAAACAUGAUUCGAGUGACAAGACCAAAACCAAUCAUCGAAUCACUGAGUUACAACCUUCUCCAAAGAUGCUCCGCAAGCGGAACUCCUAAAGGAAAAGCCAAGCUGAAGACAGGUCAGCCAUUGAAGCGUAACAAAGUCGCCACCAAGAAAAGCGGCGGCGGAGCACCAGCUGGAGAUGGAGAAGAAGCGGUUAAAGGAAAAGGAAGGAUUUCCGAUGAGAAGCAGAAGCUUUACGAGCAAUGCUUAAACGCUCCUUGUCCUGUUCGCUACUUGACACCCAAGGAGAUCGAGCGCGAGGCGCAGCGUGAGAAGCUAGGGUUGAUUAGUAAAGAGAAGCAACGAGAUAUAGAGAUCCAGAAGAAAGGAGGAGCUGCUUCAAUGGGAGUCACCGAUGAACCGAUCCGGAUUGGUACCGCUGGUUUGGAUUACGUUUCGUUAGGGAUCUUUGAGGCCGAUGAGUUGCCGAAGUAUAAGCUGACGGAAGAGGAUGGAGAGAGACUUGCGAAAGAGUAUAGUAAAGUGUUGAUGAGAGAGCAUAGAGAGCGUCGUGCUGCUGAGACUGCUUUUUUGAAUUUGAAGAAAGCUGCGAUUGAGGCGUUGCCUGAGAAUCUGAAGAAGGCGGCGUUAGAGCCUGAUUUGACUCCGUUUCCGUCGAAUCGUGGUAUGGCUACUCUUACUCCGCCUAUUGAAGGGUAUCUUGAGAAGGUUAUGGAUGCAGCUAAGAAGAGCUCAAGUAAAGAGAAGCUGAGAUGAUUUCGUUUUUAAAGCCAGUUGAUUCUAUGUUUAGAAUGGAUUAGCAACGAGACCUGCUUCGUCAAGAAGUGCUACACACAAGAAAUUUCACAAGCCUGUUCACUAGCUGCAUUUAGGUGUUUUCUUGCUUGCAAACGAGACUUUCUGAAGCCAUCCAUGUCCAAACCUUGACAAAUAAUAAAGUCUGCAUUUUAUGAUUCUUGGCUUAUGAUUUUCCAUUUGUCAAACGACUUCAACAUUAUCUCGAGUCCAAAGGUGAAAUAGGAGCCUUUAUGGCUUUUCUAGUGGCAAAUUUUUUUGGGAAUUAUAUCCUCUUCGAUUCAUCAAAAACUCAAAAUGUUAAAGUUCUGAAAAAUUUGGGAAAUUUAUCCUCUUUGAUUCAUCAGAAACUCAAAAUGUUAAAGUUCU